CCGGCCUCGGGGUGAAAGUUGGAGCAGUCUCCCAGCGCUCCCGCGUCUGCCCGCCGCCUGCAAGACCCAGCCCCCUUCACCCUCCUUUCCCGGGAGCCACGGAGAGCCCUGGCCUCCGCAUUUCUCCUGCUGAGCUCGCUGGGGGUGCUCGGAGGCCUCCCUGGGUCCCUACACGGAGCAACACUCUCACCCUGCAAAAAAGACCGCCUAGGAUUUCGUUAGGGGUGGGGGGAAUAGCCUGGGUUAGUCGGAUUGGUCUCCAGCCUCACACAGGCCUUUCUUCCUGCCUGUGGUAGCCUGUGGUCCUCAGCUUCUGCACCCUGAGCCCCCCAAGGCCAGAAAAGAAGCCUUAUUCAGGCCCCAGGGUCCCCCGCCCACUCCUCGGAAUGAGGAGGGGCGCCGCAUGAGCAGCCCCAGCCCGCGCCAGGCCGGCUGUUGCGAAACGUGGCGAAGGCAGAGAGCCGAGGGGAAUGAAGACCGCGGGAUUUGAGCCCUUCGGCAGGGCCUGAACGAUUCAAGGACAUCUUGAAAAAGAAAGUCUGGAAACUGAGCUCUCGCCUGCUCUGGGACGCCUGAGAGGACUGGGACAAAAUUCCUUCUUCUUUUCAAACCCAGUCCAAUCUGGUUCCUUACUCUUUCUUCUCCAUUUAAACUCUUCGGGUGUGGAGCGCAGCCAGCCCCUAACCCUUCCCCAGCUCAGGCCUUCUCUGCCUAAGCCCAGCCAGAGAAACCUGAGUGGACCUAGGGGGUGAGGUAGUGAGGGGGUCUCCCAGAGGGAAAAAAAUCCGCCAGUUUUCCAGACCGUCCAGAUCCCCGCCAGCGCCCCCUCCAGCGCCUCCACCAGAGGGGCGGGGUGGGGGAGCUGGAGGGGGCUUCUCCUGGCAGGGGCGGAGAUUUCCUGGGGAGAGGCAGGCAGGAAAGAAUAAGACUUGGGGCUAGGGGAGGGGGCUCAGAAAGGGACUGAAUGGCUGCGGAGCCCUUGGCCACAGGCUGUGAAGGUUGCCCAGGCGCCUGCCCUGCACCUACUCAUUCUCCACUCCCAGCCAGGUCCUUUCUGUGAUUCCAAAUUCUUUUCCUUCUAGAUCUAGACCACUGGAAAGCCUGGUCUAGAGGGCUUUUCCCCAAAAGACACAAAACAAGGCUUUCCCUCUGCCCUGCUCUUAUAAUAAUUGUGGAGGCUUGUCUCUUGAUUCUCCAUGCCCUCAAUUAGCAUCUAUUUUCCAUUCAAAAGAUCUGGCAUAGGUACCUCAUGAGGACCAUACACAGGGAUGCAGAGCAGUCUUCCAGUCCAUUGUGUCUGGUUCUUCACACACACACACGAACACACACAAGCACACCCUAAAUGAAAAGUGUCUUGUUGCCCCUUUGGAGUCCCUGGUGUAGGGAGGAGGUCCACUCCAGCCCCUGGCUCCUCACCUCCAGGCUCAUCCCAGAGUUCCCAGCACUCUCAGCUAAUGACCCCCUCACCUAGUUUUGCCUACCCAGUACUGCUCCUCCCUGGGUAGACUGUCCACCUCUCUAGAGGCUGGAUUCACUUCCCCAUGCUGACAGGCACCUCCUCAGCAGUAGCAGGGGCUUGGGGCCUCAGGGGAGGGACCCCAAUCCUUGGUUUAGAGAACCUGAGGAAAGUCCCCUGGGAUCUCCAGCCUCAGCCAUUUUUGAAGAUUGAAAGGCCCUGGGGUGGGAAGGAGAGGGCUAUCCGUUAGGAAAAAACCCUCUGUGCUUCCUAAAUGAGGUCUCAUCUUUCCUUAAAAGUAAAUACAAUUUAAAAGGCCAUUUCAGCGGUUUGUUGCAGCAAGGAUCAGUCUCUGCAGGGUAGAAAUCCAGCGCCUCUGCCAGUCUGCGCUCCAGGCUGCAAUUCCCCCAAGUAGGCACCAGGUGUCGCUGUGGGCUCGUUGUCCCGGCUACCCCCCAAUUCCAAGAACCAUUUUUUUCUCUCCCCCUUCUCUCUUUCUCUUCUCACUCCCUCUCCCCUUUGGUUGGGCUUUGCCAACAUAUCAAGAUGCGUUUCACCGGCUUCCAUCACUAACCUCCCGGAGGUCAUCAAGCCAAAUUUAUGAGUGGCCGCUCGAGUCACGUGACUCUAUUUAAGGCUCCCUUAUUUGGGAAGAGCGCAUAGGAUAAAGAAAGAGAUAUCUCCACCUAUAAAUUGUGCACUUUGGAGAACAAAAAACCCCUCAACUUCAAAGAGUCACAAAUCACCCUUAAUCAAAAAGGGUGCAGAAAUUUUUUGGGGCCCUCCCCGCCAUGAGCUCCUACGUAGCCAAUUCGUUCUAUAAGCAGAGCCCCAAUAUCCCUGCCUAUAACAUGCAAACUUGUGGGAACUAUGGAUCGGCCUCAGAGGUGCAGGCAUCCAGGUAUUGCUACGGCGGAUUGGACUUAAGCAUCACUUUCCCACCGCCUGCGCCUUCCAACUCUCUCCACGGGGUAGACAUGGCUGCCAACCCCCGGGCUCACCCCGACCGCCCCGCCUGCAGCGCCGCGGCCGCUCCGGGACACGCUCUGGGCAGAGAUGAAGCGGCUCCUCUGAACCCCGGGAUGUACAGUCAGAAGGCGGCUCGCCCAGCGCUGGAGGAGCGAGCUAAGAGCAGUGGGGAGAUCAAAGAGGAGCAGGCGCAGACAGGGCAGCCCGCCGGACUCAGCCAGCCACCGGCCCCGCCACAGAUUUACCCGUGGAUGACCAAACUGCACAUGAGCCACGAGACGGACGGCAAACGGUCCCGAACCAGUUACACGCGCUACCAGACUCUGGAACUGGAAAAAGAAUUCCACUUUAACCGCUACCUCACUCGCCGCAGGCGCAUAGAGAUCGCCAACAACUUGUGUCUCAACGAGAGACAGAUCAAGAUAUGGUUCCAGAACCGCAGGAUGAAGUGGAAGAAAGAUUCCAAAAUGAAGAGCAAAGAGGCUAUUUAGAGGCCGCGGGGAGGCCCGCAGAGAACACCCCGAGCCCGCUUCGGUCCCCGCGCCUUUCCUUCUUGGCUUUCCUCUGUCUGUAUUUUGGGGCAAGGGCGGGGUAUGGAGCAGCGGCUACCGGGCCUCACAGACAAAAGCGCUUCCCUUGGCAUUACGCAUCCCAACCAACCCCGGGUUCUCGCGGGGCUGCCCGCGCUGCCCGGACUCCCCUCUGUUCCGCUCAGCACCGGGGUCCCAGGGCAAGCUCCGCAAGGGUUCCCCAGAGGGCUGUGGAGUCUGGGCUGGUCCUGAACGAACCCUGGCCUGGGCCGCCUCGCUCUCCGGCUUCCAGUUCUGCCUGACCUGCCCGAGUUCAGAUGGGGCCUGCAGCGCCCGACCCUUCGGCCUCACCCUCUCCUUUGUUCCCGCUUAGGCUGGUGAGAGAGUGGUUGUGCCUGGCAGAGUCCGCGCCAGACUCCCGGUGUUCCUUGUAGCGACUAUAAACUCCAUGUUCAUUUUAAAUGAUUUGCAUAUGAAAGAGGGAGAUGAGUCUGCCUAGGGCCCCCACGGUUGCCCUAUGCUCUCCAAACCUUCUCCCCCACCCAAAGCCCAGGAACCUUUCCAGCCUGUGCCCUCUGCAUGCCCUCUCAGGUCCCCAACCUCAGACCACUAGCUAGCUCAGCUGUUUGGGUUCCCUACCUCUGGACCCCAGCAAAAAGUCCCAGAGGCUCCUGGCUGCCCAGUAGUCCCUGCCACGACUUUCUGUGUCCUCCUGUCCCAUCACUCUUGUCCAACUAUUUAUUGACUUCAGGUCUUUCCUGAAACUAUAUUUUGUCAUAUCAAAUAAAGAUAAAGAGAGAACAGGACUAAAAAUGCAGUGGCUCCUCUCUGUUUGGGGCAUGUAUUGGGUAAAAGUGUCCAAAUGGGCUGUAGGAUAUAGGGGGAGCCCACAGCCUUUUAUCCUCUCUUUUGAAUUCUUAGGAGCUUCUAGAGCUAUUGAGAAGGAGGUGAAAUUGAGCUCCUUUCCUGACUCCUAGCUUCCAGAAAAGCCUGUAAGGGUAGGAAAGGGCACCCAGGCUCUCGGUACUGGCAUUUCCUAUGCUGUGGCUAUCCAAGGCAUUCAAGCCUUUGGGCCCCAUUCUCACCUUGGCUGGGUGGAGCUGAGGCCUCUAGACUGGCAGGGGUCUCACUCCAUGCCAGAGUUGAUCUGUAGGGGCCAGUGGCUCAUCAGGGCUCAGACACAGGCCUUUCUGGGUCUCUGAAGGUCUUUCCCAGGGCUAGGUAGUCCCUGAGAGGCCUUGCUGGACAGAGAAGGAGGGCUGAACCCUCACCAGUUUGGAUACUUAGAAAGAGUUGGUACUUUUUGGUAAAGGGGUGCUGGAGUGUUGGAGGUGUGUCUCAGCUUUCUUAAACACCAGGGGAGAGGGGAGCAGGGAGGGCAAUUUGCAGUGCAUACCUGCUUGGCAGGAAAUGUUCAGACUGUCUCCUGACCUUUUAGGGCCUAAGGCUAUGCAGGACUGGGAAAGGAGCUGUGUAGACCAGUGCCUGAGUUGCGUCUGAUCCAUCAUUUAUCGAGGUCUCUGGGAUUUUGUGUGGAGGGGGAGGAUGGGCUAAAGGGAAGGGGAAAAGGCAGAUAAUUCAGGUGGUAUAUUAGACUGGCCUAGUUCCAUGCACUGCUCUGCUCUAGGCUCUUGGGAUGGGAUGGGGGAGAAAGUACUUUAGAGGACAAACAAAUGUGGGAAGGGUCCAUAAAACUUUACUGCAUUUCCUCUCCCACCUCCCACAAUGGGGAGAUUUCCUGGAGCCACACUGGGGUGGAGGGGCGUUCAGGAAUUGGGCUAUGCAUCAGCCAAGAGGGAAACGGAACAGAGAGGCUCUGAGGAGAAGCAAGGGAAAUAUUUAUGAUUAUUAAUGCUGAUGCUCCUUGGAUUUAUUUUAAGUACUGACUUCUCUGCAUCUCACUGCCUAAGCUACCUGUCUGUCAGUUUUUAAAAGACCCAAGAGCCUUUCCUCACCCCAUGCCUAGCACAAAGGAGGUCUCAACAAAUGUUUGUUGAAUUGCACCUUUCCCUUUCACAUUGCACCCAGGCCUGUUUAGGGUGCCUGUAAUGUCUCUCCUCCACUAGCACACAGCAGUCAGCCCAGCCUCACCCCUAUGCACCUCCUCUCCCAAUUCCUCCCUCUCUCUCAAAUAAAAUGCGUAAUUUUCUUCAGGGAGUUAUUUUAAUUUUUUCUCCAUGCUGAGUAAAACUAUUGGGCGAGCAGUGAAGCGAGGAGAAGCACCGGCAUUUGCAAUGGGUAACAGUUAACUAAGAAAAAGGCCGUGGAGCCCGCCAUCACUCGCCCAGUACUCCUGGGCUGGGCUGCAGAGGCCCUGAGCUUCCUCCCCAGGGGACACACUGACCCAGAAAGAAAACCAAGGGCUUUGCCAGGGUGGGGGCAAUGUUGCUUAGACUUGCUGGGCAGGGUGCCCCAGCCCCGCUGGGCACUGACUGCCUCCUCCCACAGGGUUAAGGUCUGUUUUUCUCUGGAGGAACUGAAGACUUGACUCAGGUUGGCCAGGCUUGGGUAGACAAAGUCGUGACUGCCUCUUUGGUCCCCUCCUGUCACAGUCUGCAUGCUUGCACGCAGGCCUCAGCCCCUAUUUCAGCGGCAUCAGCCGCCACAACCUAGCCAGAGGCCUCGGACCUACUCCCCUGUCCUGGGAGUGGACACGGGCUCAGAACCUUGCUUUCUGAAACCCUGAGCAGAGAUUGCUGCUUUGGAGUCUGGGGUUAUUUUCCCCCAGCCAGCUUCCUGGAACAAUCUCCAAGUACCAGGGUUUGGCAUUGCUCUGGGGGAGUUAGUGGAUCCCAGAGACCAUGAAGCCUGCCUCUCCACUUUGCUCUAAAACCCACCGGCUCUGGCAGCGAGAAAGAAGGGGAAGAAACG